GAAUCGCCCCCCCGGUAACCGCCCCCGAACAGACGAACAACAAAAAUGGAGCUGUGAAUUAGUAGCAGUUAGCUUCUUGAGAACGUUCAGUUUUACUUUUGUUUAACUACCUUAACGAGAGUGGAAGUUCCCGACUGAGUAAAGUGGCGGGAUGUGAUCACUCGAAAUUGUACGUAAUUAAAUGCUGAAAGAAGCUUUCGAACGGGUGAACAAACGGAUAUCUUGGCUACGACAAAGACAACAAGGCUUAGUGGCUAGCUAAAACAGUAGCAUCUGCUUGUUUUCACUGUCACUGUGUUAACUCACCAAGAGCGUGUCCCGGACAGAAAUGGAGAAGGGAGAUUUUCUGAAGGGACUGCCUGUCUAUAAUAAAAAUAACUUCAGCAGAUUCCACGCGGACUCUGUGUGUAAAGCAUCAAACCGUCGGCCAUCUGUGUAUCUUCCGACACGGGAAUAUCCUUCAGAGCAGAUCAUUGUCACAGAGAAGACAAACAUCCUACUGCGAUAUCUUCAUCAACAGUGGGACAAAAAGAAUGCAGCAAAAAAGCGAGAGCAGGAUCAAGCAGAGGGGGAGAACACAGCACCUCCACGGAAAAUUGCUAGAACAGACAGUCGGGAGCUCUAUGAGGAUUCAUAAACAGCUGUGCUGUUGAUGCACACCCAGCAGAGACUGAUGUAUACGAAUAAAAUGUUCACGCAUGCCUUUACACUGAA